AUGAACUCAAAGCGGACGUUUUUACUUAUUGUUUUUGUAAUAGUUGUUAAUAAAUCUGUGAAUGGUUUCUUUUGGAAAUCUUCUGCUGCUACGGGCUUAGAUGGCGUCAAGAAGGCUCCUAGAAUGAAUUGGCCAAUCUUUGGGAUCGGUGUGUGGUGCAAUGGUUGUCCACCGAGAAGCUGCGAGGAUGAUGAAGCUAUCAUACAUGGGUACUGUUGUGGCUGUGCUUAUUCAUUAGAUCAACUACCUGUGACCUGUCCAGAAUUCCUGCAGUGUCCCUUGAACUUACACGGAUUGUGCCACGACUACGAGUAUAUGAUGCGCUGCUGUUGUUGA